AUGGCCGACCAAGCCCUCACGAAGGCGUGGGGUACGCUUUCUAUGGAGGCAAAGAAGGCCAUCGAAGAAGCAGGAUGGAAGCCGCGGACGAUGGAGCCGGGGCCCAUUUGGCCCCCGGGACUACCAGGCAGUGGAUCGCAAACCGAAAGCAUGACGCAAAAGGAGUACCACGCGGCCAUUGAAACGGUGUGGCAGGGAGCUGAGCCCGCAGUGCAAAGGCUGCUCAGAGCAGCGGGUAUUCCCCCGCCAGGGGACUACAAGCCUGAGGACGAGACGCCAAAGCAGGAGCUCAGCCGCCAUGUUGGUACAUACAGAAGGACGACAAACAAGCUGAGAUCACUCAUUGAGAAGAAGGUCCGGCUUCAAGACAAAACGGAGAAGAUCAAGAGUGAGUUCGAGCAGGCCAUGAAGCAGCUUGCGCAAGUCAGCCAGGCCAUCCAGGCCACGGAGCUGGAGGUAGCGGAAGCACAGAAGAAGGUACAAGCCUGUGUGAAAGAUGAAGAGGACUCGCCAUACAAAGACGUCGCGUCCUACCUGAAAAGGAUGGCGGUCAAGGUCGUGGAGACAGAUUGGACGGGAGUCUUGGGACAAAGAGAGCCGGGCAUGCCAGUCGAACUAGGCAUCUAUGGGCCGAUGCGCAUGCUGGGACAGGAGCGGAGGGGCCGACACCUCAGGGCAGCUCCUGGUCCGAACAGCCAAAAUAUGAAGGCAAGACAAGUAGAGGAGUCUCAAUGGGGAGACUCUGAUAUCUCUUUUGAUGGUGGCCGGAAGCAGUGUUACGGGGACAUUGUAUGGCCACAGGCACAUGGGGAAGGCAGUCAAGCUGUGUUUAGUACCCAGGUGCCUAGUACAAACAGCACAGUGGAAGACAGCCAAGAGAGCUGGAGUCCAGUUACGAGGGGUCCGGAGCCUGUCCGAGCUGUGGACAGCAGUUGGGCGGUCACAGGGCCCAGAUACUUCCAUAUAACAAGGGAAGACAUCGAAGAGGAAUGUGAGCAUUCGGCCUCGCGAGAAGCUGAGGGAGGCCAAACACAGAUGAGAGACCAUGCAGCGGUUAGAGGGGAGAACAUGAAGGCCUCGCAGGAAGCUGAGGAAAUACGAUUCUCGGCCUCGCCGUGUGCUGAGGGUCGCAGAGGAAAACAAAAGCCCAAGAAGCGGAAAGCAAAACCCACGGAACCACCAAAAGAUCUGCCACAGGAGUGGCAAACGCUAUGCCAAGUGGUGGGUAGAUAUGAUGCUUCCAGUGAGGCUGCCGCACUCGAAGCCAUUGAGAAGCUGGAAGAGCAGGAACUCAACCCGCUACAACAACGAGCAUGCCACGAAGUGCUUCGUUCCUUUGUGGAGCAGGACGCGCAAUAUGCCAAAUGGAUCUUGGCAGAUGUGGCAAGUGGGUAUCGCCAAGAUGAUAAGGCCGAAUGCAUCAAAAUCACAGCGGCUAACAUCACCAGCUGGAGGAAACCCAUAGCGGCAUGGAUACACGAACUAGGACCGGACCUGGUGGUGCUGCAGGAAACCCAUCUCAAGACGGAGGGUAUCCAGCAAGCCAUGAGCCAUUGCCAAGAUAUGGGAUACACCUUCAUUGGCAUGCCAGGCAGUACAAAAAUUAAGGGUGUACAAGGAGGCCUGGCAGUGGUGGCACCCCGACAUAGGAACCUGCGAUACCUUACCGAGUAUGGGUCAGGACCGGCGGGCUUCCUGGCAUGUGCCAUGAGAAACAAAGGCUGGGAUUUGAUCAUCGUCAGUCUGUAUUUGGAGAGCGGGGUCGGAUUCCAGGCUCCAAACAAUAUCCAAGUACUGGCGAGACUGAUAGCCUUUCUCAAGGGCUGCAAAGUGCCAUAUAUGGUGCUGGGUGAUUGGAAUGAAGCCCAGGAUACCAUGAGGGGCACAACUCUGGCGACAGAAGUUGGUGGUGCAUUUGUUGGAGUGGGGGAACCAACGGCCCAAGGAUCGGACGAAAUCGAUUACGGGCUGGUUGCGAAAUGCUUGGUGCCCAUCCUGCAAGUGAAAACGGAUUGGGAAACCCCUUUUCGGCCUCAUGCUGCGAUGCAUUGGAGGGUAGCCCAACCGUGCAGUAGCCCUGAUGUUCCCCAGAUGAAGAAGGCGGGAGCACUGGUGAUGGAGACUGUGGAAUACGAACCAGUUCAAAACACACAGAGCAUCAACAUCUUGGAUGAACCCAAGAUGGAAGAUGAGCUCAGUGAGACAUUCGCUCACCUGAGUGCCGGUGUGGAAAGGUCGAUCACAGGCCGAAUCGACGGUAUGGGUGUUAAAUCGGAGAUUGUCCGGAAGAAAUUGGUGGUCAACAACCCGGAGAACGUUGUCUGGACAGGCAAGAGGGCGGCCUUUUGGAACCGGGUCCAACAAUGGGUCAAACAAGGCAGACAUCAUGGCGAUGCGCAUCCGGUGGCGCGUCUGGUCCAACGCAGGCUCGGCGAGUAUUACGAGGGUGAUGCGCAGAACCAGGAGGAUAUGCUCGUGAGUAUCCUGGGCCGGGGUACGGACGCUAGACUUGUUCUGAAGCGCAUCGACGAACAGCAAUGCUACGCGAGAAAGGCGGAUAUGGAGGAGACAGCCCACCAGUACAAGCAAUGGCUCAGCAAGGCCAUGGAAAAGGGCAUGCGACCAUUAUACAAUGCCUUGCGAAAAGAAGAACAAGUGGUACAAAGACCCUACAUGGAAUAUGACAUGCUGGAACGGCCACACAUUCGCCGAGACCACUGGGCGGCAGUGUGGACGACGGGCCGGCCGUUGGCAAAAUCGGCCUCGCUCAUGACGGAGCUUGAGGAUGCAGCCAAAAAACAAGCGGCCAGCGUGGAGCCGCUGAACCCUGUCGAGGUCAAGGCAAGGAUCAAAAAACUGGCACUAAAGAGCCCGGGGCCGGAUGGCUGGAGGAUUGACCAUUUGCAGGCCAUGGACGACAAAGCAGUUGAAGCCGUUGUGUCCUUCUACCAUGAAUGUGAGGCCAAGGCAGCAUGGCCGCAGCAAAUGACAGUCUCCCUUAUAGCAAUGCUGCCGAAGAAUCUGACCCGGGAAAGACCAAUCGCCUUGCUACACAUCCUGUACAGGACCUGGGUCCGUUUGCGAUGGGAUUUGGUAAGUACUUGGCAGGCAGGCUAUGCCAAAACUGCCACGUACGACAAGGCAGUCCCAGGCAGUUGCUGCUUGGACGUGGCCGUAGGCAGACUACUGCGAAAUGAGGUGGCGAAGACAAAUGGUGUGCAUGUGGUGUCACUCUUUGUGGACCUUGAGUCCUUUUUCGAUACCAUCCAAUUUCAGCAAUUGAUCACGGCAGCAACGGCCCUGCAAUAUCCACCGCUAAUCCUGAAGAUGGCACUGGAAGUGUACAUGGGUGCCAGAUAUUUGGUGGCGGAUGGGGUGCUGUCGGCAGGCAUCAGAGCUACGAAUGGCGUGCAAGCAGGGUGUCCAGCUGCGCCAUCGUUGGCAAAGGUGGCAUUGCACCCGGUGAUAGAUAAGAUCCAAAGGCGACGAGAUGUGGCAAACGUGGAUUGUUGGUUGGAUGAUGUCUCAAUUGACAUCCAGCAUAAGUCCUUUAAACAAGUGGCGGAUAGUGCGAUACGAGUCUACCGCAGCUUAAAGGACGGGAUGGACGCUAAUGGUUUCACGAUUUCAUCCAAGAAGACAGGGUUUGUGGCCAGCAGUACCCAGGCGAGCAAGCACCUGCGAGAACUCCUGUUGCCUCAUGAGCCACAGGUGUACGACGUGAUGCGUGACUUGGGCGUCGACAGUACAGGGGGGCGAAAGCGUCGCUUGGUGACGUCGGCAACGCGGGCCAAGAAAGCCCAUGCGAGACAUAGCAAACUGUCCAGGCUGGGGCCGCCGCCCAGCACUAAACUCCGCGUGGUCAAGGCAGCGAUCACAUCCGUUGCUUUGUGGGGGCACCCCUCUGUGGGGGUAUCACCCAAAAGAAUGAAAUGGCUCCGAACAGUGGUAGGAAAACACCUGGGUAAAUACAAGCUUGGGAGUUUGGAAACCAUCUUGGACAUGGGAGCCAAGAAAUGCCAGGAUCCAAAGCGCACAAUCCACAAGCAGCAUUUCAAGGUGGUGGCCAAAGUUUUCCGUGCAUGGAUUGGUGGCGGAAAAGCCCACUUUGACUUGGCCUGGAAAACCACUUGGAAGAGGUUGAGUGCGGCCAAACACCACUGGCCACUGGUCACGGGGCCGAUGGCUGCAACCAUGGCGUACUUAAUGGAUCUGAAGGUGGAUGCCAGUGACCCAGGCAAAUGGAAGAGAGGAAGUGUCCUCAACGUUGAUUGGACCCAGCCACGCAUGGGUAGCCUCGCCUACAAAUGGCUUGAGGGAUUCCUGGAGGAACAGAAACGGGCUGCAAUAGCGCGACAGGCAGGUGGCGCUGGUGCCCAAGAGGGGCUGGAUUGGACGCCGCAUCACAAGCUGACGAAGCUGGGAGGCCUAAGCCCAGGCCUUAUGGAAGGUAUAAAGUCAGUGUGGCACGCGGGCGUCAUCACGGAGUCCAAGCCAGGAUGCUUCGCAGCUGAUGCAAAAGUGGAAGCGGAAGGCUUGAUCUUCGCCACUGACGCAAGUGGAGGACCAGGAGGAAUAGACCCACGUGUACAAACAUCAGCCCUCGCAGUGGUGGCUAUGUCCUGGACAAAAGGUGUGCUGGUGGAAGUCGGACGGAUUACAGAGCUGGUCUACCCGUGGCAGCCGGUGGUGGACAUGGAGCGCCGUGCACUUUUCCGACUAAUGGAGCACACGGAGGAUCUGAUUGAUGUCACUAUGGAUUGCAAGCCGGCAGUCCAAGUGCUACAAAAAACACAACCGCCGGAGGAUGACCUGGAAUGGAGCAAAGUGUGGAAUGACAGGAAACGUAUCAAGGCAACAUGGGUCCCGUCCCACAAAACUGAAGAGGAAUUCCUGGCGAAGAUGGGGCCGGGUACGUUGUGGCGACGUGCAGCGAAUGACAUGGCAGACAAAGUAUGUGGAGCAGUGGCGGCGGCUGCUUACAGCCCAGCGCACAAGAGGCGUGUCAAAGAGUUGGACAAUGUGGUGCGCACACUUUCCCUGGCGUACGGUGCACGCGCAGCCCACAUAUUGCGGAAGCGCAAAGAAGAAGACUUCCCCUUCAUCCUGGACCAUGCGCAUUACAAAGAGAAGAUGGUGGUCUUGGAGCAGUACUGCGUCAACCAGCCGGAGGAGCAGUUCCUGGAAACAGACCCCAAGAGGGCAAACUACACUCACCUAAAAGCGGCGUGUCGCAGUCUCGCUCGCUGCAGCACAAGGAACGAUUGGGUCUACCAAGCGGAGACCUACCUCAGUGAAGAGCGGAAGAUCAGCCCCGAGAACGUUCCCCGCUUCGACAGGCCAGACACCCGGAGCAGCCUUGGGAUAGGGAAGAGGAGAGAGCUUCGGAAUCUCCGGUGGGUCCGGUACGCCAACGGGAGAGAGGAGAAGACAGUACGGCCUCGCAUCAAGCUGAGGGUGUCAAUGGAGAGCAAGAGGCAAGCCAGCCUCGUACAGUCACGCUGGCGGAAGGGCCAGGUGCGGGGCGCACUCGACGAGGAUAUGCUCUGGAUCGGCUAUGGGACCCUGUGGGCAGGAUGGAUUGGAGUCCUUUUCGACGAAGCGGUGGAGGGUUACUGCCACCACUACUUCUAUGGAAGUAUCAUCCGCAGGGCAGAGCUGUUCAACACAUGGUGGCAGGAACAUCGCCAUGAAGCCGGGGUCCUCAGACAGUCCCUGUUUUACCUGGUGGUUUUAACGUCAUGGCUGACCAUGCAAGGAGUUGCUCUAUCGGAUAUCACGGUGAGCAACGUUGGGCGCGACCCAAUGUCAGGAUCGCUACCACGGGCAGUGUUCUUUGACACGGCGGAGUGGACGACGCUGCAGGAGGAGAGAUACAAGUUAUCAUGCGGCCUCGUACGCCUCCUGGAGAAAUAUGAUGAGGAGCUACUGGCAACCAUACGUGGAUUGGUCAGAACGUACGACGGCAAGGCCAGCGCGCUUUGGAUGGCGUGCGUAGGCAUGACUCGUGCCUAUUUUGUUUGCAAGAAGUGUGGGCCGAGCAGCUGGAUCUUUCAGGAUCGUGUCGGGGCGAAUCCUUUUUGCCAGAAGUGUGGUUGCCAGUGGCCGAAGCCGAAGCCACAGCAGCCCAAUGCAAUUGCAGGUGCUGACUGGGCGAACCGAAGUGAACAGGCCCGUGUGUGGAAGAACAAGGGCCCCAAGGCCACAAAGGACCGUGCAGGCAACGCUCCUGUGGGGGCCGCGCAGAGGGCUCUGGUGACUGUGUGGGACUCUCUCCCUGGGCCGGCGCAGCAGGCCAUCGAGUUGGCUGGCUGGCAGCCGCGACCUCCAGCUUCCCCGCCGGGGCUGGGAGGAAAGGGCAAUCAGUCGAAGCAGGAAGGCGUGAGGCCAUGGAAAGGGGGCUCGGGCAAGGGACAUGGUGCCAGUGGCGGUGCUGAAGCUGAGGCUGUGCGUGUAGAAACAGCAAAGGCAUUGUUUGCUUCUGCGAGUGAUGAACAGCGGGCGCUUCUCAUUCAGCUGGGCAUCAAGGCCCCUGAGGAGCCGCAGCCUGAUUUGACUGCAUUGUGCAAACAGCACAUGAGUUCCCUGCCUGCUGACAUCCGCAAGCUUGUUGAGGAUCCCCCUGAAAAGCCUCCAACAGCACAGGAACUGAUGAGUGAAAAGAGCAAACAGUUUAAGGUUGCAACAACUGAGCUGCGAGAGCUUAUCUUCAAGAAGUCUUCUUUGCAGUUGCGCUUGGAUAAGCAUAAGGAGCUUUUCACCAGCAUGCUUGCAGACAUGAAAGUCAUUAAUGAAACCUUGGAGGCACGGCAGAAGUUGGUGUCUUCCUUGCAGCUCGAGCUUCAGUCGUCUGUUGCUGCUGUUCCUACUCCCGAGGCCUUGCCCGAGGCAACAGAGUCUCUUGCCAAGCAGGUUGAGGCUAUGGAUGUAGACCAGCUUGAUGACUACAAGCAGAGGGUGAUUGAUGCGCUGGAGGAGGCUGUGAAGCGCAGGCGUACUGAGGCGCCGGCAGCGAAGCCAUUGCCAGCCCAAGAGCCGGAGGCUCCCACAGGGCCGGGACAGGCUGGUGAGGCCAUGCCUGCAGGUGAAGGCAAGGAACCCGUUGCUUUGUCUGGCGAUGUAUUGGACAGUGAUUUUCAGCAGCCGCCUGCGUCAAUCCAGCUUGAUGCGUUCGGGCCCUACACUCAGUAUGCCGAGCCGUAUGUCAUUUCGGACAAGUCCGUUUCGCUCGGCAGCUUGAGGCAAGAGAGUGGUCAGCAUUGGGCGCAGUCUAUUGAAUUUGCUAGCUUGGAGAACUCCGUUGCAUGCCCGAUACCGCGUUGUGAGCUUUGUGCAUCCCCGUUGGCUGUCGCAAGAAAUGUGAGCCCCCGGGGGGUGCAUGCCGCUGUGUAUGACUUGUGCACCUUUUGUGUUGGCCAGGCCGUGACAGCCCCAAGCUGUGCGGCCAGCUAUCACGCCGAAUCCUCUGGAGUGCAAGGGAGGCCGGAGCCUUUCGUUGUUGGUAUCAUUCCUGGCCCUUACCCAUGUGCUUCCCUCAAUGCGGAGGGCCCGAACCUCAAUUCGAACCUCAAUUUGGAGUCAAGCGGGCUGGACCUCCGCCAGCAUCGGUUUUCGGCUGGAUUUUGUUCACAGGACCUCCCAGGGCCCGAGCUGUGCGCGUGUGGAAGUGGCAAGGUCCUAGGUGCCCUUCAUGUGCCAGAGGUUCAGGCUUUUGUGAGAGCAUGCGGCAACGUUGCAGAAAACAACCCAGGUACGGAGGUUCGUUUGGCGGUGCAUCAGUUGAACAACUUCUGCCAGUGGUGCAUUCUUGCCUGGCAUGCCGGGGCCAGCAAAGGUAAAGGCGAGCGCGGAGAAGAUGGCACAGGCGCCGAAGGUUGGCCGAGGACCCAGGAGGAGGAGGCUUUUGCCAUGAAGUGGAGUUUGUGUGAGGAGUUGGUGGGGUCGCUGGCCCGGGGUCCUGGGGGACCAGGUGCAGGCACGAAAGCACCGGCGUGCUCAGCCGAUGGUGCGCAGGAUGAGGGUGCCCUGCUUGAUGCGGUGGAGGUGAUGGAGCAACAAGGUCUCAUGCAGGAGGGCACUUUCGUUUGGAGGGCCGCUGAGCUCGCCAUUGAAACUCAGGAAACACAUCUUUCGCCGGAACAGCCUGAUCUUAUCGAUGCCCAGCUCGGGUUUCAUGGCUAUGGUGUUUUCAGCAUCCCGGGCCAUCCCACAGGCAAGGGAGGUACCUCAGGGGGAUUGGCCAUUUGUUUCCGCAAACACUUGAACCUGAGGUGUGUCCAUCAUUUUGUCAAGGCCGGUGCUGGUUAUCAAGUUGCAGCCCUCAGGUUGAAGGAUGUCGAUUGUUACUUUGUGAAUGUUUACUUGAAGGCUGGUGAGGGUUUUCAGGGCAGCCUCAAUGCGCAAAUCCUGGCCAGCUUGAUUCCAUUCCUUCGCUCGGUCCGGGGCCUCUAUUUCUUGGCCGGGGAUUUCAACGAAGAUUUUGAUGUCAUUGCUGCAACCAGUCUUGAGCAGGAGGCUAAGGGCAGGUGGAUCAGUUCAGGUGAGUCCACAUGUGCCGGGGGUGGCAACAUUGACUAUGGCUUGCUGGCGCCGGUCUUGGCGGCCGGAGCCUCCUUGUCUGUGGAUUGGGUCACCCCUUUCGCUCCCCAUGCGGCCCUGCAUUGGUCGCUUCAGCUGCAGCACUUUGAUGUUAAGCUUCCCCAGCUUGCGCCCUUCAGGCCAGCCCAGGUGCAACCCCGGCCUUUCGAGCUCCGCUUGGCCAUUGAUGAGCAGGGUGAGCAAGCUGCGCAGGCCCACACGGAGAGGGCUGUUCACCUUCUUGGGGUUGAUGUCGCGAAUCCGGGUUUAAGUGCGCUGUUUGCCAGCCUCAGUCGCGACGUUGAGCUUUCCGUUUACAGUGCCAGCCAAGGCCGGGGUUCUCAGGUUAGGUGCCAAAGGAAGCCGUUGCUUGUUCAGAGGGCCCCGCUUGCUGGGUGGGGUGGUGCGCAGGCUUCAUUUUGGAAUCGUAUGGUGGUCUGGUUGGAGGCUUGUUCUCGGUCUUUCCAUGUCAGCCCCUUCGCCCAACGGGCCGCGCAGAAGCUGAAAGCCAUGUGGCAUGGUAAUGCUUCGGAGGCUGAGGCCUUUUGCUCGGAGCUUAGGGCCACGAUUGAUAACGGGCACGCUGGGUCAUUGCCGGGUUUGCUUGAAACUGCUAAGGGGCAGCAUAAACUUCAUUUUAAAAAGUGGCAACAAGAGAAGAAUGCCUCCUAUGCCAAAUGGCUCCGGCAAGCCUCCUUGAAGGGUAUGCGACCCUUGUUCAAAAGUGUUAAGUCUGAAGAGGUCAUCACCAUUCGCCCCUUUCUUGAUGCGCCCGUCCAGGAACGCAUUUAUCUUCGGUGGCGCCAAUGGUUUGAUUUGUGGUCGCGCCCGGACGGGGUCGAUCCGGCUUUGUUGGCAUCUCUCAAGGCGGCAGCCAUUGAGCAAGCGGGCAGACUGCCCCCGAUUUCUUUGGAUCGGGCGGUUUCUUUCUUUAAGAAGGUUCCUUGUAAGGCGCCAGGUUUAGACGGUUGGACGUGCGAAGUUCUGCUUCACUUGAGUGCUGAGGCAGUGCAAGCCAUUCUUGAUUUUUUCCAUCACUGUGAGAGGCAAGCUGCGUGGCCGGAUCAGCUGGUUUUCGCGCUUAUUGCAUUACUUCCCAAAUCUGAAAAACGUGAGCGUCCCAUUGCACUUCUGCACAUUUUAUAUCGUGCUUGGGUAAAAUUGAGAUGGCAACUUGUUGCUGAUUGGCAGGCUGCCUAUGCUAGGCAGGCUCAAUGGGACAAGGCCGUCCCGGGGGGCCAGGUCCUUGAUGUGGCCCUUGCCAGGUUGAUGUUGGGGGAAACGGUGCGACGCAGCAAGCAUCACUUGAUAACCCUGUUUCUUGACAUGGAGACCUUUUAUGAUCGGUGCUUGUUUAAUGACGUCAUCAACUCCGGGCUUUCCCUUCAAUACCCCCCUUUGAUCCUUCACCAAGCCCUGCUCACUUACAUGGGGCCUCGUUUCGUUCAGUCUGAGGGCUCCCUGUGCCCGCCUAUAUGGCCGGGCAGGGGAGUCCUGGCAGGAUGCCCGGCGGCACCUUCGGUGUCAAAACUUGUCAUCCACCCAGUUGCUGCGAAACUGGCCUCUAAGAAAACUGCUUGCAACCUUGACAUUUGGAUUGAUGAUCUUUCCUUGGAUUCGAUUAAUAAGUCCCCGCUUCAUGUCGCCAGUGAUUGUCUUAAGUUGUUUAGAGGGCUUCGGCAGGACUUGGAGUCUAAGGGUGCCCAGGUUUCAAUUUCCAAGACUUGUUUUGUGGCUUCGUCCAAGGAGGCGGCUAAGGCUCUUGAGAGGCUUCGGGGAUCAACAGACCCGAAGGUUAAGCCGCUGAACAGGGACCUCGGGAUAACCUCAGCAGGAGGUCGCAGGCGAGUGCUGGGUUUGGCGGAGCAUCGGCGGAAGAAGGCGGCAGGGCGCUCGCGGAAGUUAAACAAGCUUGCCGUUCCGGGUCGGGCGCACAGAAUUCGGAUCGUUCGCGCAUCCUUGUGCUCGGCGGGGCUUUGGGGGCACCAGGCCCAAGGAGUGAGCCCGAAGCGGAGGAAGUUUUACCGCACUUUAGUUGCCAAACACCUUGGUCGCCAUAAGUUAGGUUGUCUUGAUCUUACAUUUCUUGUUCACCGGCGUCGUUGUGAGGACCCCCAUUUAACCUUGCUGAGGCAACAUGUCCGUUCCGUUGCGAGGGUCUUCCGCAGAUGGCAGAGUGUAGAUCCAGACAAGUUUCGUUCGACAUGGGCCAGCAUUUGGCUGUGGCUUGUUGCGGCACAGCACCCGUGGAAGCGGGUCAAUGGUCCGCUCGCGGCCUUAAUGGCCUAUCUUGGUGAACUCGGUGUUCAGGCGCCCCAAGCUCAUCACUGGCAUAAGGGCGACAGCCACCUAACGAUCGAUUGGUCCAGCCUGGAUGCCACUCGUCGUGUGUGGCAGUGGCUCCUGCCCCUGUGGGAAGAGGCUCGCUUGCAGCGGGUGGCCAAACUGGAGGGGUGCCAUGCGCUGGACUUGGGGGUUGAUUUUGCGGUUCAGGACCGCCUCCAAAAGCGAAAGUUUUUCAACAAAAACAUGGCCGUUAACCUGCAAGCGUUGUGGCAAGGUGCUUUGUUGAGCAGGUCCAAGCCGGGGUGGUGCACAGCUUGCAAUUGCCCACUUGAUUUGCAACACGUCUUGUGGGACUGUCCCUUCAUCUCUGAUAAAUUUCCUUUGCCUCCGCAUCUCCGUGAAGCCCGCGCAAAGUUCCCUUGGCCGAGUCUCUGGCUCAGAGGAUUGGUUCCCAAGGACGUUACCAGGUUGGGUGAGUUAUGGAACUCCUCUGGUUGUGGCAUCCCGGAGUGGCGCCGUCUUAUCAAUGCUGAUGUAGAUGAGCUUUGUGGUUCGAGGGCAGCUAGGGUUUAUGCUGACGCGAGCAAGCCUGACUUAGAGGCCAUUGAUAGGCUUUGUGAAGACGUUUGUUUACAUUUGGCUCGGAAAAUUGGGUACAUCCUUCAGCGAAAAAAGGACAAGUCUUUCCCGUGGCUGCUGGAGCGCAGCAGUCUUGAAUCACAAAGAGGGGUAUCCUCUCAGGUCAUUCCGGGGGACAAGUUUGUGAAGCCAAUGUCGGGGCCAAAAGUUUGCAAACCCAAUAAAAUGCAGCGCCUCAAAGACAUGCUUGCAAACCCCGAUCCUGCUUUGGGCCAUGUUUGGCGGGACUGCGAGUCCAAAGCCGUGAACAAUUUCGCGAUUCAGUGCACGGUUUGCAAGCUUUACGUGGAGCAAUGCAAUGCUCAGGAUGUCUUUAAUCGCAAGGCGUCCAACCCCUGUCAGGGCAUCGUGGGCACAGUGCCGCCGAUUUGGCAGGUGCAUGAAACUCAUGACAUGCUUAAUAAGGGAUCCUUCUUUACUUGCACCAAGUGUUUGGCCAUUGUCAAGGUUGCUUCGACUUCGGCUUCGUCAUUGCUUCAGGCCCCUUGUAAAGGUCUCGGUCGUAAGAUCAAGUCGGGAACUCAAUUGAAGUCGAUGGCCAAUGUAGAGAGCGCAAAAAAUCAUUCUAUUGAAACUGCGAUGCAGGGUCUUGAGCGUCGUUCCCAGGAGAUUGCCAAUGACACAGCGGCCACGACUCACGUGAUUCAUCAAGUGCCGAAAGCUCCAGCCAAACCAAAGGGGAAGCCCAAGGCCAAAAGCAAGGAUUCUUUCCGGCAGACCCGCCUGUCCUUCAAUUAA